CCCAGUUUCCACUACGGUCUAACAAUGGGAGCAUCCGAAUCCCGACAGCUCAGCGAUGACUCUGCCCCUAAAUCAGGCUACCAUGUCGUGCGCGUCGCGGCCAACUCUCCUGCUCACCUAGCCGGCAUUGAGCCCUUCUUUGACUUCUGCGUCGGGUUAGACGGUGUCGCUCUCAAUGUCUCCGCCCCGGGAGACGACACAGCAGGCGGAGGAGCGGCUGCGGGGAUGGGAGCUUGGAAGAAGUUGGAGGAGAGGGAGGGAACUGAGGUCACUUUGAAUAUCUGGUCAUCGAAGAGGCAGCAGCUUAGAGACGUCUCCCUGGUUCCAUCGCGCACAUGGUCCGCCUCCACCUCGAAUAGCACCUCGCAGCCCUCCCUCCUAGGUCUCACCCUCCGGCCCUGCUCUCCCCACCUAGCCCUAAGCAGCGUCUGGCACAUCCUCGACAUCUUAGAAUCAUCCCCUGCCGAGUCUGCCGGCUUGGUACCCUUUGGCGACUAUAUCAUUGGCUGGUCUUCAGGAAUUCUACGCAACGAGGGAGACUUCUACGACUUGGUAGAAGCUCACGAGGGGAGACCCCUGAGGCUCUAUGUGUACAAUGCCGACUAUGAUCAUACGAGGGAGGUGAUCAUUGUGCCCAAUAGGGAGUGGGGAGGAGAGGGACUCCUCGGCUGUGGAGUUGGAUUCGGACUGCUGCAUAGGAUUCCAAGACCGCAAGAUCGACCACCGGUGCAGGAGACGGAAGAUGACCAGCCAAGUCGUGCUGCUGUGGGAUUACUACCUCAGACUUCAAGCGCAGGCGCAAGAGGUCCACCGACAGCCAAGUCUGCACCAAUGUCGAACCUGGGCAGUCAGAGGAAUGGGAGUGGUGGAGCUGGGAAUAGUCAACCUAGGAUAGAGGAAGAAGAAGAGGAGGAUGGUGAGGAAGGCGAUGACAGUCACACGAGUGGUGUUACAAUCAGCAUGCGAAGGGACGACGAUGAGGAGGACGAGUAG